GGCACUUUUGAAAAUCCCAUCCACUCACCCCCUUUUGUAAGGCACUUUGAGACCCGUGGAUGCGCUUAGUAAAAGCUAAAUAUUAUUAAUCUAAUUCCUCGUUGCCCUUUCAAUGCAAGCAAUAACAAAGUACAGUAACUCCACUUUAAAACUAGAUAUUCAUCAUGUCUCUUGGUUAUACGAACGUAUAAAAUUGCCAAGUGCCUUUGGAAACGAUUGUUGUAUGCAGUGUUGUUGUAGCCAUGUUGGUCCCGGGGUAUUAGAGAUGCAAGAUUGGUGAUGUAACAUCUUUUACUGGACCAACUUCUAUUGGUGAGAGAGACAGAUGUCUCUCUCACCAGCAGCAGAAGUUGGUCCAAUAAAAGAUAUUACCUCCCUCACCUUGUCUCUCUUUUUGAACUAUUGUCCGUUUCGAUCCUAUUCUUGAGACUCUCCUUCUUAUUCUAUGGUAUAAUGAUCACCUUAAAAAUAUCCCUUUAAUAGAGAAGAAAGUUAGUUAUUAACUCAGACUGGCAGUUAGUGUUCAGAAUCUCAAUUGUAUUGCAAAGCUGAAGAACUGAGGGGCAGUUUAGUUGUAGAUUUUUAUUAAGUUGAUGAGAGGCUGGGAUCUCUUUCUGAGCAGUAGCUCUUGCACUCGGGUAGCUUUUGCCUUCAGGCUUCCAAGUUGAUCACACAUCCAGCUUUGUACUCUGAACUCUAAUCUUAUCUUCAAAAAACAUCUUUUGAUCACCACUUCCUGGAAAUAAAAUCCAGGGAGCCAGACUCCGCCUCUCAGAAGGCAGAUCCUGUAACAUAGCACUGAGGAAGAGGAAAAGAGUGCAGCUGAUCUUAGAAAACAGCAACUGAAGGACGAAAACUGCUAGAUCCUAGAAGGGAUCCUAGGCUCCGAUCAGCGAAAAAGCCUACAACAACCAAACUGAAUACACACCCAGCAUUACCAGGAUGGAAAAUGAUGAAAGUGUAUUAAGGAGGAAAUUAGAAAUGGUCUGUGGUGUUCCCCUAUUCUGGAGUACUGUUGAAGAAUGGGCCCAGGUGGAAUCAUUCCAAGCGAGGCCAGAUGACCUUCUCAUUUCCACCUACCCGAAAUCAGGCACAACCUGGAUCAGUGAAAUUGUGGACAUGAUCUAUAACAACGGUGAUGCAGAGAAGUGUAAACGGGAUGCGAUUUACGUUCGGGUCCCUUUCAUGGAGCUGAUCAUCCCAGGAAUUUCAAAUGGUGUCGCACAGCUGGAUAAAAUGCCCUCUCCCCGAUUAGCAAAGACCCAUCUUCCUGUUCAACUCCUUCCUGACUCCUUCUGGGAAAACAACUGCAAGAUCAUCUACGUUGCCCGAAAUGCCAAGGAUGUGGCAGUCUCUUAUUAUCAUUUCUACCAAAUGGCAAAGAUGCAUCCAGAGCCUGGCACCUGGGAUGAAUUCCUGGAGAAGUUUGUAACUGGGGAAGUUGCGUUUGGAUCUUGGUAUGAUCAUGUGAAAGGCUGGUGGGAGAAGAGAAAGGACAAGCCGAUUCUGUACCUGUUCUAUGAGGACAUGAAAGAGGAUCCUAAACGUGAAAUACAAAAGGUGUUACAGUUUCUGGGAAAGGACUUGAAGGAGGAUGUGGUGAAUAAAAUCCUCCAUCACACCUCAUUCCAGGAGAUGCAGAAGAACCCCACUGCCAAUUAUAAGAUGGUACCAAAAGCUCAGAUGGAUCACAGUGUGUCUCCCUUUAUGAGAAAAGGUACUGCGGGCGACUGGAAGAAUCACUUCACCGUGGCCCAGAAUGAGGCAUUUGACUCAGAUUAUAAAGAGAAGAUGAAGGGAUCGACACUGCAGUUCCGAACGGAGAUCUGAUGCAGCAGUAGCUUCCUUCCCCCAUCUGGCUUAGGUGUUUAGUUGGCUUGGACAAGGGAGAAACUGAAAUUACAUGGGGGCACCAAAGCAAACAGCAACUAUUAACUACUUUAGAUAUGAUUUUUUCCAUAUGUUUCUGUUUUUGUGGGGUCUUCAGUUCCAUAACUGCCAUUUGGAUACGCAGAUGGGACGUCAAGCCCCACCCCUCUGGACUGUCACUAGGAUCAGUAAUGGUUUCAGCUGUUGUGUGCUGAGAUUCUCAUAUAACCACAUGACUCCAGGGGGUGGGGCUUGAAGAAAACCCACUAAAUAUCAUGUGUCUUGUGGUAAAAUCACAGGAGAUGGCAAUACUGAGGUUACUCCACCAGAGUGAUUAUGCAGCCACUAUCAUUAGCAAACAACAGCAAGCUAUCAUUGGGAAUCUUGGCCUCAGGUUUUAAGGUCUCAUUUACAAGGCCCUACACAGCAAACUAUAUGGUACCAAGUUUGUCUACUGUAACUGAAAAGCUGAGCUGAGCCUGCUGUGACUCAAACCACCAGGUUCCAGAAAGUCUAGCUAUGCCAAAACUGAUGUGUAGACCAUUAGGUGCUUUGAGAUAAAAAGCACUAUAAGAGCUAGAUAUUAAGUGAUGCCUUCCAAAAGAGUCUUUCAUUCAAAUUUGCAUAUGUAUGUCAAAUGUGCCUGCCUGUGAGCAUACUCACACAUACAGAUUAAAGGCUGUCAAUCUGA